AUGGCGGUCGAAAAUCAGGGAACCGCAUUGGAUGCGGUCAAUUCCCACAGCACAAGAACUCUUCUGAGAACCGUCAUUCUCUUCCUGAUUGCCGGCGCCGCAAUUGCCAGCCGUCUCUUUUCCGUCAUUCGAUUCGAGAGUAUCAUCCACGAGUUCGACCCCUGGUUCAACUUCCGCGCAACAAAGUACCUCGUUGCCAAUGGAUUCUACAAGUUUUGGGAUUGGUUCGAUGAUCGUACAUGGCACCCUCUUGGCCGUGUUACCGGUGGCACUCUUUACCCCGGUCUCAUGGUCACGUCGGGUGUCAUUUACCACGCUCUCAAGGCCUUAACCGUCCCCGUCGAUAUUCGAAACAUUUGCGUUCUCCUCGCUCCAGCCUUCUCCGGAUUGACGGCCUUCGCGUCUUAUCUACUUACCAACGAAAUGACAACUUCGCCAUCGGCUGGUCUUUUGGCUGCGGUUUUCAUGGGUAUCGCACCUGGUUACAUUUCUCGAUCCGUUGCCGGCAGUUACGACAACGAAGCCAUCGCUAUUUUCCUUCUGGUCUUCACCUUCUACCUCUGGAUCAAGGCCCUCAAGCUCGGCUCUAUGCUUUGGGGUGCCGUCUGCGCUCUCUUCUACGGCUACAUGGUGUCGUCCUGGGGUGGAUACGCCUUCAUCACCUGUCUCUUGCCCAUGCACGCCCUCGUUUUGAUCUGCAUGGGACGCUACAGCACCCGUCUCUACGUGAGCUACACCACCUGGUACGCUCUUGGAACGCUUGCUAGUAUGCAGAUUCCUUUUGUUGGCUUCCUGCCCGUCAAGACUAGCGAGCACAUGCCUGCUCUUGGCAUCUUUGGUUUCCUGCAAUUCAUCGGCUUUAUCCAGUAUGUCCGCUCUGCCAUUUCAGGCAAGCAGUUCCAGACUUUCCUGGCCACCCUGGUCAUCGCCACGUUUGGCAUUGGCCUCACCGGUCUCGUCGCGCUCACUUCGCUCGGCUACAUUGCUCCCUGGGGCGGUCGUUUCUACUCUCUCUGGGACACCAGCUACGCCAAGAUCCAUAUUCCCAUCAUUGCGUCUGUAUCGGAGCAUCAGCCCACUGCCUGGCCUGCUUUCUUCUUCGAUCUCAGCAUGUUGAUCUGGCUGUUCCCUGCCGGUGUCUACAUGUGCUUCAACGACCUCAAGGAUGAGCACGUCUUCAUUGUCGUCUAUGCUCUCUUUGGCAGCUACUUUGCUGGUGUCAUGGUUCGUCUCAUGCUGACCCUGACUCCUGUUGUUUGUGUUGCGGCUGCCAUUGCGGCCUCGCAGAUUCUGGACUCUUACCUGUCCGUUGAGACCCCCACCGAGGCCGAGGCUGAGAAGAGUGCCGAGGCCGCGGCCAAGAAGCCGGGCAAGGCUGGCAGCCUCCGUGGCAGCGAGAAGCCCGUUAUUGGCGUCUUCAGCAACGUGUCAAAGCUUUCGGUGGUUUCUGCCAUGACCAUCUACCUGCUCAUGUUUGUUACUCACUGCACCUGGGUUACCUCCAACGCCUACUCGUCGCCCUCAGUCGUGUUGGCUAGCCGCAUGCCUGACGGAUCCCAGCACAUCAUCGAUGACUACCGUGAGGCCUACCAGUGGCUGCGUCAAAACACCAAGGAGGACGCCAAGAUCAUGUCUUGGUGGGACUAUGGCUACCAGAUCGGUGGCAUGGCCGAUCGCCCCACGCUUGUCGACAACAACACUUGGAACAACACUCACAUUGCCACUGUUGGCAAGGCCAUGAGCUCCCGCGAAGAGGUCAGCUACCCUAUCAUGCGUCAGCACGAGGUCGACUACGUUCUUGUGGUAUUCGGCGGUCUCCUCGGCUACUCUGGAGACGAUAUCAACAAGUUCCUCUGGAUGGUCCGUAUCGCUGAGGGCAUCUGGCCGGACGAGGUCAAGGAGCGUAAUUUCUUCACUGAGCGUGGAGAGUACAGAGUGGAUGAGGGUGCUACCGAGACCAUGAAGAACAGCUUGAUGUACAAGCUUUCCUACUACAACUUCCACACCAUGUUCCCUCCUGGCCAGGCUGCCGAUCGCGUCCGCAACGUCCGUCUGCCUAGCCAGGGCCCUGUCCUCAACACUCUGGAGGAGGCCUUUACCAGCGAGAACUGGAUUAUCCGCGUGUACAAGGUCAAGGACCUGGACAAUGUCGGCCGUGACCACGCGGCGGUGGCGGCGUUUGAGCGUGGCCAGAAGAAGAAGAAGGCGGCUAAGAAGGCUGGACCUCGCGCUCUCCGCGUCGAUUAA